AGUUCUUGCGUCUCAUUACCGUACUUGCAAUCGCAUCCGCUGUAGCUCUCUCCUGUAAUUACUUCCUUACCUUCUUUACCUCCACCUCUAAACCCUUUUGUGAUAGUAACUUAGACCCCAUCGAUUCAUUCUCAGUGUUGUUGCAGCUGGCCGGAUCUUCAACAAUGGCAGGUAUUGUCUCUGGGUCGUCUUUGCUGAGAGCUGUGUAUGGUUCAUGUAUGGAGAGUGCCUCUAGGAAACGGGUUAUACGCGGGCACACGACUGCUCAUCAUGGGGACGUGAACCAUACACGCCUCUCGGUAGAGGCGGAAGACAAAAUCUUGGCACAACCCGAGAACAAUACCUACCAUAAUCUUUGGGUUACAGCCGGUCGGAUCCUCAUCAAUGGCAGGUAUAGUCUUUGGGUUGUCUUUGCCGAGAGUUGUGUAUUGUUCAUGGAGGGGGAAUGCCUCGAGGCAACGUGUCAUGCCUGGGCACACAGCCACCCACCAAGGGGAUGUAAACUGUACACGGCUCUCAGUAGAGGCGGGAGACAAAAUCUUGGCACAACUCAGGAACAAUACCUAUCAUUGUUGGUGGUCUGACUGGCUGCUCAGCGGACAACACUCUGAAGACUUCUCUCAAAGAAAUUCUUGUGAGCCUUGUCCAAGUAAUGGGGAAUGUUAUGAAGGCAAUUUGGAAUGUAUUUAUGGUUAUAGAAGACAUGGAAAGCUGUGUAUAGAAGACCGAGAUAUCGAUGAAACAGCUAAGAAACUUUCUGAAUCCGUAGAAGCUGGCCUUUGUGAAGCUUAUGCUCAAGUUUUGUGCUAUGGGACUGGGACAGUUUGGGUAUCUCAUGAUAUUCGAUUUCAUAUAAUAUCACAUGUUCGAGAAAAUGAUAUUUGGAAUGAUUUAGACAGACACAACUUGAUGCAAAAUGUUGGUUCAGACCAUACCACAUAUGUGUAUAUGAAAAGAAGGGCAAUGGAGACAAUAGCUAAAUUAUUGGAGACAAGAACAAAUCUACAUGGGUUACAGGAAUUCAAGUGUCCAGAUGCUCUGGCAGAGCAUUACAAACCUUUGACCUGUCGUUUUCGUGAAUUGGUCUCCAAGCAUUCUCUUAUUAUCAUGUCUAUUUGUGCUGGGCUUAUAGGGUGUGCAGUAUUGUUCUUGAAAGUCCGUCAAAGAAUGUAUAUUUCGGCUAGAGCAGAGGAGCUUUACAAUCAGGUCUGCGAAAUGCUCGAGGAGAAUGCAUUGAGGUCAAAGAAUGUCGAUGGUGAAGGUGAAUCAUGGGUUGUUGCCUCAUGGUUACGAGAUCAUCUUCUUUUGCCUAGGGAAAGAAAGGAUCCUCAGUUAUGGAAAAAGGUUGAGGAAUUAGUGCAGGAUGAUUCUCGAGUAGAUCGUUACCCCAAGCUCGUUAAGGGUGAAUCAAAAGUGGUGUGGGAAUGGCAAGUUGAAGGUUCUUUGAGCUCUUCGGGGAGGAGAAAAAAGGGGGAGGGAAUCGAACUAAAAUCAAAUGAAAGCAUCAACACAAACAUAAACCAAUCCAGCCGCACAUUGAAGACUGAACCUAAAGCAUUGAUCUUUUGACAUGGGAAUGUUCUGGAAAAAUGAUUAGAACAGCCUCUUUUGAACCCCUAUGGUCUGAAAAGACAAGUCUAGAGCCUGGCAAAGCAGAAGCCUUUGAUGACAUUCGUUAUAGCUUUUAAGAACAGGGUUUUUGGCAGAGUAAUCAAAGGUCUAAAAGACAAUGAUAAACCAUUUGACAGUGGAUCUACAAGCAUUGGGAGAUUGUGUCCCUUAGCAGCAGCUGCAGACCCACCAGGCUCUUGUAAUUGUAAACCAUUGAACAGUAUGCAGCAUACAUAGCAUAGCUUUUUUUGGCUCAUCUGAUGCGUCAUACCAACAAAUAGGCAUAUCCAAAUUAAGGGAUUUUGGUGUGUUCUUGUCUAUGUUGUAAUCUAUUUCUCUUCCCUUUCAUUCUUGUUUUAGACACUCAAAAUCAGAGAUAUUGAGUCUAUAGUUAAGAGAUUGGAUUUUUUUUCUCAUUUCAGUCAAUAAAUUUCUUUUCUGUU